AUGCGUCCUCACAAUGGCAUAGCUCUGUCAAUUCUACCUAGCGUUUGUUUUGGGCAGUCUGUCGAUCCACUCGUGACAGUCACCGUGCGGAAAUCUUGCUCUUUGACUUUAGCGAGUUCUGCCCCGACUUUACCUUCCUAUGGCUGGUUCUCAAGUAACGGAAGCAGUGUUCCGUACACGUUCUCAGCCGGAGACGCGUCCUUCACAAGUGCACCAGUCGCGACGACACCGAACAGCGCAGGCGUUGCUACUGGUGAACCAUCUUCCAUUGGCACACAGGCCGGAGCAUCUGCUGAAAGCUUGACGGGCUCUCCAACGGCUGGAGAAGCUUUCUCUACGUAUAGUCUGAACGGCGGGCAGACUGUAGUCCCUGUCUACAGUGAUGUUUCACUCUCAAGUAGCAGGCCAGGGGGCGUGAUAGCUCCAGGAGACUCGGCGACUGCAGAGCUCAUCCCUACAGCUGUAUCAGGAUCUCUGUUGACCGUUUCUGGAGCCUCGUUUUCUGGGCUCGCCACUACAUCUGCCACCGUGACACUCGAACCCACGUUGGGGGUAGGGGGGUCCGCAAUAACAGCCUCCUUGUCCACGAGGGCUCCAACAUCUUCACCAGGAGCCUCGGGGCUCUCCUCUCCAACUACCUCUAUAAAGCCUUUGACGACUACUACACCAGAGCUAGCGAGUAGUUUCUCCACCACCUACGUUACCGGUGGAUCUAUUGUCACAACCCUCCUUGGCGGUCUGACGACGUCUUAUACUGCCGGGUGUACUACUGUCGUGUCUAAUGUCGCGAGCCCMACAGAUAUCGCAAGUGCAUCUGCAGCUGCGAACGCAGUCAGCCGAGCAGUCGUCGGACCUUGCCCUGGAGCCAACAGUUUGCUCGUGAGAACAGACUCUUCCUCCUCCGAUAUUCUGGUAGUCUGCGGCAAGGCGUAUAAUGGCACUGUUUUGAGCCAGUAUACCAGGCGCAGUGAUCCCAUAGGCACCCCACUUUCGGAACGAGCGACUGACCAGGACUGUACAGCCGCAUGCUCGAGUCCCGACAACGCCUGUGUUGCCUUUACAUACGCGCUCAACACGUGCAUUCUGUACAGCUAUGUAUUUGCUGUCUUCGACACCCCAUAUCCAGCCUUCUCUGCUUUACUGAUAAAUGAGGAUGUCAUCGGCAACAACACAAGUACUUUGACUUUGGACUCAACGCCCUCUGCCGCUCCACCUUCAAGCACGUUCCUUAGUACCACACUAACUCUGCCUUCUCCAUUGCUUGACUCCUCCACGAGGAUAGUCACGUCUUCAGGGUCUUCAGCCACCAUCCUACCCUCUUCAAGAGCUUCUGUUUCAGAAAAUCUACCCAUACUGCCCAGCGGUUUAUCCACGAUAAAUGCUCCGAUCUCUGUCUCUCUCGGGCUCACCACACUUUUACCCUCGACAACCAAUGGAGGAAGCGCGGUAUCGCUUCCAGGUGCCUCAGGAGACAGCAGUGCGCCCAAUACCGUGGCUCUGAGCUUGACUGUGUCUUCUAACCAGCCAUUGCCAACUCUGCCUACAACUCCAUUGACUGGAGUUAGAACCAGCACCACUGCUGCAUCCCCUACGCUCACUGUAUCCACUGCAAUCAGUGCUACUACUUUGAGUUCCACUGCUCCGAACUUUGCUUGUCCACAGGACGACAACACCAUCUCGAUCGUCACUGAUCAAAACGGCCGUGGCUACGAACUCAUAUGCGAUAUGGACACAAGUGGCGGCCUGUUGAGCGUCAUACAAGUCGAUGGCGGGUUCAACAACUGCUUCUACCUCUGCGACUUGGACCUCGACUGUUUAGGCUGGAUAUACUUCGAAAAUGCCAAUGACUCCAGCUGCUACCUUAAAGACGCCAGAGGUGGCGCUCCCGCUUUCAUCAGCCGGAGCACAAAUGCUGUGUCUGGCCUUCGUUAUAGAGCGGCAGAUACAACAGCAUUCCAGACUGCAGGUGUGGUCAGUCUCAUUGGGACUGGCUCUUCACUGUCGACCACGCGUUCUGCUUCGCAAUCAACAACGAUCCUGAGCGCGAGCUCAGCUGGAAGCGCCCAACCUGGAUCAAGCUCGCUGGAAACAGCGGGCACGACAAGCUUAACGGCAUCAGAUCAAAUAUCAUUUCCAAUCCAAACUCUUCCGCUGAGCGCGACCCCAUUGCUCUCUUCAUUCGAAUUACCUUCCGCCAGCUUGCCAUCGAUAACGUUCCCGGCAGUUCCUUCGAUCGGAGUGUCAUUGACAAAUCCUGCUACUGGCCUGCAGCUUUCCUCAAUCGGUCAGCCUGUUGUCGAUGUAUCUACUGUGGGCUUACCUACGCCAACAGCAAUACUUGUUCCAUCGAUUCCUACAACUGGCGGACUACUGACCGACCCACCCUCGAUCGCUACCCCCAUCGCUACCCCUAUCGCCACUUUGCCCUCCAUUGAUCUGCUCUCAAUUACACUGCCGUCAAUAUUAUCAACCUCGAUCGGGUCGCCCUUGGACGGCCUGCCCACUGGGGUCAUUGUGCCGUCCUCGAUCACCUUGAUUUCCGUGCCGACAGACGCACCUUCAUCGAGCUCGCUCUUGGUGGUUAUUCCAGGACUCUCAGAAAUCUCUGAUUCCAUUACAUUGAUCAUCGACCCGAUACAAACCUUGACGAGCCUACCUCUGCCGACUUUGGCUUCUAUCGUCACAUCUCUGGAAGCUCCAGCAAUCGAUGUAUCAACAAUACUCUCAGUGCCGACAAUAUCGACGAUUGGACCCCCACCUCAGAUCGAUGUCCCAACCAUCUCGAUCGCCCUGCCGACUCUAUCUUUGACGACAUUAGACAUCCCACCGAUCUCAAUUGUCCUACCGACCGAGCUGCCAGCAGCAUCUGCCACGUCGCCAUCCAUCCCUGCAUUGACUCUGCCUUUGCCGAGUAUCACUAGCCUAUCGGUUCCCAUCGCCGUGCCGAAUUUAUCUCUCACGACUCUCAUAUCUGAACCACUGAUCACAUUGUCGCCUGAGCUGCCAACUUUAAGCAGUGUACAGCUACCAAUUCUGCCGAGCGAUUUAUUGUCAAGCGCUGCGAAUGGUCUGAAUAGCGCUCUGACAGGGCUGCCAACGCUGUUACCCACCAUAUCACCAGAUCCCCUAUCGAGUGUUCUAGAUGGGCUCCCAUCGAACUUGGAUAUACCGCCUCUUCCGACCGCCCUUGUCUCGAGCUUGGGUAUACCAGCGUUGACUAUACCUUCUYUGAGCGCAAGCUUGAGCUUGCCUACCUUGAGCAUCCCGACUUUGGGUUUGCCGUCUUUGACCCUUCCUGAUGUGUCCUUGACCCUUCCUGAUGUGACCUUGAGCAUCCCGACUUUGGUUCUGCCGUCCUUGAACCUUCCUGAUCCAACCUUAACUCUGCCAAUCAUCAGCGGUGUUCUGCCGCCUGUCGCAACGUCUCUGCAGCUUCCAAGCCUGCCCUUGAGCAUCGAUUCACCCAUCGCUACAUCUCUGCAGCUUCCAAGUCUGCCCUUGAGCAUCAAUUUACCAAUUGCUACAUCUCUGCAGCUUCCUGGAAUAUUCUCAAGCAUCCUGACCUUCAGUGGCGCCUCCAUACCGUCUUUACAGCUCCCUGGAUUGACCUUAACCAACCCCAACGUCGGCAGUCUUACUGUUCCAACCGCGACAGCAUUGGAGCUCUCAAGCCUGCAAUUUGGUACUCCAACUCUUAAUGUCCCAUCCCUUGCCUUCCCAACGACAAUACUACCRCAACUGCCCGACUUGACGUCCAUUAUCCCGGCAAUCCCAAGUCCACUCACGCAGUCGUUUGGGAUACCUACCUUGACCGGCCUGUCCUUGAGUAUCCCUCCGAUCGUUAGCAUUGCUCCUCUGCCAUUAUCGACGACCUUGAAUCUGCAACUACCAAGCAUAACUCUCCAGGUUCCGACGCCAACGUUGUCGCUACCACUUGAAACCUUGAGCAUACCAGACAUUCUGAGCACGUCGCUAGAUUUCCCAACUACCAUCAACAUUGGACUUCCACCAUCGAUACUGCCAACCUUGAGCCCCCUAGUUCCGAGCAUCACCAUUCAAAUCCCAUCAACAGUCCUAUCAUUGGGACUGCCAACGCUCACUUCGAACAUUCUCCCGACCAUAGCCAGCAUCAUACCGGCUAUUUCAGCUCCAAUUUUAUCCAUAGGAGUGACUUCAUUAUCAGCGCCAGCCGUUCCACUCAGUCCUAUACCGACUCUUGUCGAUCUCUCAACGCUGGCUGUUUCUCUUAUCGUGCCGCCGACAUCUAUCAACCUGCCUCCAAUCUCGCCCUUGAUACCUUCCUUAAGCGCUCUACCAACGGCUGUUGGCCUUCCGACGACCUUGACACCAUUAUUGUCUGUCAGUAUAGCAUCGGUAUCUCUUUCUGUUCCUGCUGUAGUACUGCCGACACUGGUACCACAAUCGAUCACCUCGACUCUACAGCUCCUUCCGUCGACUCUACAGCUUGUUUCGUCGGCUAUAUUGUCAGUUCCUUUGAGCAGUCUGGUAGUAUCUGUGCCUCCCAUUGGAAUUCCGGCCGCAGCAUCCCCCACAGUUGCGACCACAACCACUUCAACGAGCCCAUUGCCAACAUCAGGGCAAGUAUUGCGAAACAGCCAAUUCGACAGUCGUGUCCUUUCGCCCUGGACCAUAAAUCAGGGCUCCUUUGGAAGCAGUACAAUCGAUGCUUCUAGUGGGGCAGCUGUAGUGUCCUUCCCGGGUUCCUUGACAACACUUGCUGGUGUGCCCGUGCAGAUAUCCCAAAGCAUCAACGCGAGGGCAGGACAGACUUUCAGGAUUCAAGCCAACAUUGCUGUGGCCAUGGCGGCUGGCGGUCUGGGUGUCGCGUGCAACGCUGCGAUUGCGGCCAAUUCAUUCAACAACUUGGUGUCCUCGAACUACAGCAUCACGAGUACCAGCAGUUUCGUGGUCGAUCAAACUGGAAUUGUCGGUACAGGAGGAGCAACCAACUUCUCUCAUUCUGGUGGCUGGCUGUAA